CCAGUCCAAGCGUGGAGAAGGAAGCGGGGCAGGGAGUCUGCAUCCCCACACAACAAGUCGGGACAUAACCGAAGCAGAGGACCUGAGAAAUAGUUCCAGUUUGACUUCGAAGAGCUUAUUUACAUGGGGACAGGACAUGACAUCCACAGCGAGCGAGAGGAGGGCGUUUGCUCAUAAAAUCAACCGGACGGUAGCUGCUGAGGUCAGAAAACAAGUGUCCAGAGACUAUGGCUCUCCACAGCUGACCAAGAAAAGGCCACACCACCCUUUGCCCCUGACGGAGGUGGUUGAGCCGGUGGACUUCGAGGAGUAUGUGAGCAGCCAUGCUCCUGGGGUGGAGCCUGGCCCUCUCAGACAGCUAAUGGAGUUCCCCCAGGAUGACCUUGAGCUCCUCCACCAGGACAAAGAAUGUGUUACACUGGAGCCACCAUUGCCUGAAGAGGAGGACUCUCUGGAUUCCAGAGUGAGAGACGCCCUUGCCGUCUACACCGAUGACUGGCUCAUUAUUCAGAGAAAAUAUCAGCGCUACAGCACCACAUACACCCCCCACAACUCAGAGCGACAGAGGGAGAGGCAGCGAGGGCUCGUCAAACAAACCUUUGAACUGGACGAGGCUGCUGCUGCUGAGCGCCAGGAUGACCAGGAUGACGCAAAGCGGCGGUCAGUCAGUCUGGAUGAGACACCUAGGGGAAGCUGGGCCUCCAGUAUCUUUGACCUGAAGAACUCCUCCCCAGAUGCUCUCCUGCCGUCCGUGCUGGAACGUACUGCUGCAGAGGACAUGGACCACCGCAACACUGAGGCACGCCUGCAGGGUCGCCACAGUGACCUGCUGGGCCUUUACCCUCCCCCUGAUGAGGAUGAGGCAGUGGAGAGAUGCUCUGUCAUUGAGGUGCCCAAAGAACACUGUGGCCAAAGGAUAAUGGUCAAGUGUCUGUCUUUGAAGUUUGAAAUAGAGAUUGAGCCGAUAUUUGGAACACUUGCCUUGUAUGAUGUCAAAGAAAAGAAAAAGAUCUCGGAGAACUUCUACUUCGACCUGAACUCGGAUCAGAUGAAAGGGAUGCUUAAACCCCAUACGCCUCACACUGCCAUCUCCACACUUGCCCGUUCUGCCAUUUUCUCCAUCACGUACCCGUCCGCAGAUAUCUUCUUGGUCAUUAAGCUUGAGAAAGUCCUGCAGCAAGGAGACAUUGGAGAAUGCUGUGAGCCCUACAUGGUGAUGAAAGAGUCUGAUUCCUCUAAGCACAAAGAGAAGUUGGAGAAGCUGCGUCUACAGGCAGAGCAGUCGUGUAAUCGUCUCGGGCGUUUUCGUAUGCCAUUUGCCUGGACGGCCAUUCACCUUCUCAACAUCGUCAGCAGUGUGGGAGGUCUGGACCGGUCGGACCCUGACUCUGACUCUGAACGCAAAGGUCAUGGAACAUGGAAUGAGAGAAAGAAAAAGGGCUUUGAGCGGAUGAGUGUUGGGGAUGACAUGUGCAACUUUGCAACGUUCCGUCCUGCAACGUUGACCGUCACCAACUUCUUCAAACAGGAGGGGGACAGACUGAGUGAUGAGGACCUCUAUAAGUUUCUGGCAGACAUGCGUAGACCGUCCUCUGUUCUGCGACGCCUAAGGCCCGUCACCGCCCAGUUGAAAAUUGACAUCUCUCCAGCUCCGGACUCGCCUCAUUACUGUUUGUCACCUGAGCUGCUUCACGUGAAGCCUUACCCUGACCUGCGUGUUCGACCUACCAAAGAUGUGCUGGAGUUCCCUGCUCGCUAUGUAUACACACCUCACACCACCUACAGGAACCUGCUCUAUGUUUACCCUCAAAGUCUGAACUUCAGCAGUCGUCAGGGCUCAGUGAGGAACAUUGCUGUGAAGGUUCAGUUCAUGGCAGCAGAGGAUCCAAGUCAAGCUUUGCCAGUUAUCUUUGGGAAGUCGAGCUGUGCUGAGUUCACGAGAGAGGCGUACACGUCUGUCAUCUACCACAACAAGUCUCCUGAGUUUUAUGAGGAGAUGAAGAUGAAGAUUCCCGCCAAUCUGACAGACAACCACCAUCUGCUGUUCACCUUCUAUCACAUCAGCUGCCAGACCAAACAGAACACUCCUCUGGAGACCCCUGUGGGCUACACUUGGAUCCCUCUGAUGCAACAUGGCCGACUACGCACAGGCUCCUUCAGCUUGCCUGUCUCGGUGGAAAAGCCUCCACCUAGCUACUCUGUACUCACCCCUGAUGUUCAGCUCCCAGGUAUGAAGUGGGUGGACAAUCACAAAGGAGUGUUCAAUGUAGAGGUGACAGCGGCCUCCUCAGUUCACACUCAGGACCCCCACUUGGAUAAGUUCUUCACUCUAGUGUAUGUCCUGGAGGAGUACUCCUUCCCCUUCCGUCUGAAGGACGUCAUCAUCACUGAAGCGAACAUGGAGGGCGAGCUGAAGGCCAGCAUGGCAGCACUAAGGGGGGCUCUGCUGGAUACCUGUGUCAGGUUCCUGCACCAGCUGCUCAAUAAACUCAUUCAGCUCAUUGUCUACCCACCAGUCAUUUCGGGGCAGAUUGUGAACCUGGGUCGAACUUCCUUCGAAGCUAUGGCUUUAUUUGUCAACCAGAUCCACAAAAACCUGGAGGGUAAUCAGGACCAGCACGGUCGUAACAACCUGCUUGCGUCCUACAUUCAUUACUGCUUCCGCCUGCCAACUGCAGAGCCAGCCAUGCCACCGACAGCUGGUCAGCAGUCCUAUGACAUGCCCAUGCAGUACGCCACCUUGUCAAGAGCAACAGCCCGACCGAGCAGUCUGCAUCUGGCCCGCUCGAAGAGUAUCAGCAACUCCAACCCGGACCUGGCCAGCACACCAGUUUCUCCUGAUGAAGAGGUGCAGAGGAUCAUAGGGAGCAAGGGCAUUGACCGCUCCCACUCCUGGGUAAACUCUGCUUAUGCCCCUGGCGGCUCAAGAUCUGUGCUGCGCCGGAAUCCCAACUCCAGCUGUGAUCUCAAGCAGGCACACGACCGCAGCUGCAAUCGCAUGUCUGCCUUCCUGGACACCGUGGCCUUGUUUUCAGUUCCCACAAGGCAGAUUACCAAGAAGCUGCUCCAUGAAGAGUUGGCCUUACAGUGGGUGGUCAGCACCAGCACAGUGAGAGAAGCAGCGCUGCAGCAGGCCUGGUUUUUCUUCCAGCUGAUGACGAAGAGCAUGGCCCAUCACUUAUUCCUGACCUCCAAAUUGGACGUUCCCCGGCGCCAGCGCUUCCCAGACCGCUAUGUGGACGACAUCGCUGCACUUGUAUGUGCCAUCAGUGCAGAUAUUGCCAAUCGAUACCACAAGGACGUGGAGCUUGUGGAGCGGUUGAACAACAGUCUGGCCUUCUUCCUGAAUGACCUGCUGUCUCUCAUGGACCGGGGCUUUGUGUUUAACCUCAUUCGCACUUACUACAAACAGAUUGCUAACAAGCUUCACACAGCACAGAACCCCAGCUCUCUCAACGCGCUGAGGAUGGAUUUCACACGCAUUGUCUGCAGCCACGAGCACUAUGUGGUCCUGAACCUGCCGUGCUCCACUCUCAGUCCUCCAGCUUCCCCCUCGCCUUCCACCUCCUCCACCACCUCACAGAGUUCAGCGUUUUCCAGCAUGGUACAGGACCAGGGAGUGGCCACCAUGUUUGAGCUCUCUGUCCCUUUCCGCCAGCAGCACUUCCUGUCAGGCCUGCUGCUUACUGAGCUCUCACUCAUCCUUGAUCCUGAUGGAGAGGGGGUUUUCUUCCUUCAUAAAAAAGCCAUUAGUGCAGUGCACUCCCUGCUGUGCAGCCAUGAUGCAGACCCCCGCUACUCUGACCCCCAGGUCAGAGCCCACGUUGCUCAGCUCUACUUGCCCCUGGUCCCCAUCGUCAUGGAGACAUUGCAUCAGCUCCACGACUUCACUGACUCCUCGCCUGCUAGGGUCCGCCAUGCCUCAGCCCACGCUGACGAUGCUGACCCAGACGGUGGCAACACUAUCAGUCAGUCUGUUGCCAUGGCAAUAGCUGGCUCCCCUUUACCACAUGCCAAAGCCAACCAAUUCACCCUGCCUACAGUGGCCGGGCGCCAGUCCAGCUCACUGUCUGCUGAGUGCAGCCGCACUCUGCUGGUGUGUUUCCUGUGGGUGCUCAAGAAUGCCGAUGCUGCCCUCCUGGAGCGCUGGCUGUCUGAUUUGUCUGUGCUGCAAAUCAACCGCCUGCUGGAUCUGCUGCACCUCUGUGUCUCCUGUUUUGAAUACAAGGGGAAGAAAGCUUUAGAGAGGAUCAACAGUCUGACUUUUAAAAAGUCCCAGGACAUGAAGGCCCGAUUAGAGGAGGCCAUACUGGGAACUAUUGGGGCUCGUCAGGAGAUGGUCCGCCGCCACAGAGAAAGGAGUCCUUAUGGCAGCCAGGAGAACGUGAGGUGGAGGAAGAAUGUCACUCACUGGAGGCAGAAUACAGACAGAGUUGACAAGACUAAGGCUGAGAUGGAGCAGGAGUCUGUGGUGGAUGGAAACUUAGCCACUGAAGCCUCUCUGGUUGUUUUGGACACCCUGGAGAUUAUAGUCAAGACUGUAGUGGCAUCAGAGCUAAAGGAGAGUGUCCUGGGUGGAGUCCUGAGAGUUCUCCUCCACAGCAUGGCAGGGAACCAGAGCGCCCUCUUCCUGCAGCACUGCUUCACUACACAGAGAGCACUGGUCUAUAAGUUUCCAGAGAUGCUGUUUGAAGAGGACACGGAGCUUUGUGCAGACCUGUGCCUGCGUCUCCUGCGUCACUGCAGUAGCAGCGUUGGCUCUGUCAGAAGUCAUGCCUCUGCCUCUCUUUAUCUGCUCAUGAGGCAGAACUUUGAGAUUGGAAAUAACUUUGCUCGAGUGAAGAUGCAGGUCACCAUGUCCCUCUCGUCUCUGGUGGGAAUGUCCCAAAAUUUCAACGAGGAUCAUCUUCGUCACUCACUCAAGACGAUUCUGACCUACGCUGAAGAGGACCUGGAGCUGCGCGACACGCCUUUCCCUGAGCAGGUUCAAGAUCUGGUGUUCAACCUGCAUAUGAUUCUUACGGACACUGUCAAGAUGAAAGAGCAUCAGCAAGAUCCAGAGAUGCUCAUUGACCUCAUGUAUAGGAUUGCAAAGGGCUACCAGAACUCCCCUGACUUACGUCUGACAUGGCUCCAGAACAUGGCAGGAAAACACAGUGAGAGAGGAAACCACGCUGAAGCUGCCCACUGUCUGGUCCACAGCGCAGCUCUGGUGGCUGAAUACCUCAACAUGCUGGAGGACUGCCGCUACCUGCCAAUUGGUUGUGUCACCUUCCAGAAUAUUUCAUCCAAUGUACUGGAGGAGUCAGCCGUGUCCGAUGACAUCCUGUCACCAGAGGAGGAGGGGAUUUGUGCCGGGAAGUACUUUAGCGAGUCUGGCCUCGUGGGCCUCCUGGAGCAAGCAGCUGCCUCAUUUUACAUGGCUGCCAUGUAUGAAGCCAUAAAUGAAGUGUACAAGAUCCUACUGCCCAUCCAUGAAGCCAACAGGGACUUCAAAAAACUGGCUACUGUCCAUGGAAAGCUGCAGGAUGCCUUCAACAAAGUCUACAACCAAAGUUCAGGAUGGGAGAGAAUGUUUGGAACCUACUUCCGGGUGGGUUUCUACGGCUGCCGGUUCGGAGACCUCGAUGAACAAGAAUUCGUCUACAAGGAGCCAUCGAUCACCAAAUUAGCAGAGAUCUCCCACAGACUAGAGGAGUUCUACUCCGAGAGAUUUGGGGAUGAUGUGGUUGAAAUAAUAAAGGACUCGAACCCAGUAGACAAAAACAAAAUGGAUCCAAACAAGGCCUACCUCCAGAUCACAUACGUGGAACCCUUCUUUGACACGUAUGAGCUAAAGGAACGGAUCACCUACUUUGACAAGAACUACAACCUGCGUACCUUCAUGUACUGUACUCCCUUCACACUGGACGGCCGAGCUCACGGCGACCUGAACGAGCAGUACAAACGCAAAACCAUCCUGACAACAUCUCAUGCCUUCCCUUACAUCAAGACACGCAUCAAUGUUAUCCACAAGGAGGAGAUCAUUCUUGUCCCCAUGGAGGUAGCCAUUGAGGACAUGCAGAAGAAAACUCAGGAGCUUGCCUUUGCUACAAACCAAGACCCUUCGGACUCAAAGAUGCUGCAGAUGGUCCUGCAGGGCUGUGUGGGCACCACGGUCAACCAGGGUCCCCUCGAGGUGGCGCAGGUCUUUCUGUCCGACAUUCCCGAUGACCCAAAGCUGUUUCGCCAUCACAACAAACUGCGCCUGUGCUUUAAAGAUUUCACUAAGAGGUGUGAGGACGCCCUGAGGAAGAAUAAAACCCUGAUUGGACCAGAUCAGAAGGAGUACCACAGAGAGAUGGAGAGGAACUACAACAAACUGAAAGAAGCUCUGGGUCCUCUCAUUAACCGCAAGAUCCCCCAGCUGUACAGAACCCUGCCUGCACAGACGACGCAAACUCAACGGAACUCCUACAGUAGAUCCAGUCUCCGCAGAGUUGACUGCUGAGGGGCAGCAGACUGGAUUACAACACAUGAAAAGCCCCCCACCACCACCCUGCUCCGCUCCAACCCCCCAACACAGCAUUACACAUCAAUUGUCACAAGCACACAAGUACCAUCCUCUUCCUUCUCUAACUUGUCAACCUGUCAUGAUAUUUUCCCCCAUCACACACAAGUAAAGACACACACACACCCCUUCCUUAUUUUUUUGCCAUGCUUCAUCUCCCCCAAUCACCAUGACUGUCACAACUCUGUAGCAGAAACCAAUGGCUGUUUUUUUUACUGAAAGUUGAUUUAAUUGUUCAAUUCAACAAGGAGCAAUCUACUACAGGUCAGCGUUUAAAGCGUUUACGUGACAUUUUUACUGGAAUAGAGCUACCAAACACAAUUUUGCAGCCUAAUCAUUUGGGAGGUUUAUUAGUGAGUGUGUUUAUUUUCUCUUUCUUCAACUGUCUUGCUUUUGAAGAUGCUGUAGUGUGUGUAUUGUGUCAUGGCCUUAAUUGUAUUUCAUUUGAACAAGAUUUUUUCUUUUCUAAACUAUGCCUUGUAGAAGUCACUGCCAGACUUACUCAGAAUUAGCACCAGGGAGAUUUUCUUUUUAUCAACAGACCAAACGACCAAAUAACUGACAUUCCUUAUUCCUCUUGUUAUCAUGUUUGCCUGCCCAUCUUGGGUUAUAGGAAAUCAUCAUAGUGAAAGGACAUAAUGUCCAAGCUGAAGCCCAGGACAUGUUGUUAGUGGCAGUUUUUGAGCGGAAGGAUUAUUGCAGGAUGGGAUGUUUAGCUGUGUUUUUAAACUGUGAAAUGAUCUUGUAAUGCACUGCAGUCACAUGAGAUGUUAAGCAUAAAAGCACUGCUCAUAACCAGGCCAUCUCACUUACUCACACAUACAUUUUCAAACUGUGAUGAAUACCAUCACCCUGCAGUACAGUCUGAUAACAGUACAGAAUGCCUGUGUUGUGUAAGACAAGUCUUCUCUUGUCUUUGACUGAACUGCUGUCAGAAAGCACUCCAAGAAAUGUUUCCAACACAUCGAUUGUUGAAGAUUUAUAUCAAUUGUAGCUAAUGCUAAUUUCCAACCACUGUAUCUUUUAUAUUGCACUAUUGAAAACAAACUGCAGCACAUUAACACUGUAACUAAAAUAUAUGAACUGUUGUUAUUUUACAAGUCUGGAAACCUUUUUUACACAUUAAACAUGUUUUAUUUA